CACCCAAAUAUUUACUGUUACUCAUUCCGUGCCUCAUCCAAAACUUUAUCUCUUUCCAAAUCACUCCACUAUUACUCACUUCCGAACUUUCACCUUCUAAACUCUCCUUUCUUUUCCCCUAUCUUGCCAUAGCUCAAAGUUCACCUUCCGAAACCCUUAAAAGGACUGGAAACUCCGUGCGCGACCAGUCUUCACUUUGUAACCGCUCUGUAUGAAUAAAAAGUUACUGUUCUCCACGAAUGGUCGAUCUUUAAUUGAAUAUUAUUAAGUGAUACCCUAAAUCCCUAAAUUCAAUAUCGAGGUAUUGAAGGAAAACGGGCAUCACAUACAAAUUUUUGGUGUCAGAAGUGGGAUCGCCUUCGUGGAAAACAACAGAAAAAGUUAAUUCUCAGUUAUUAUUAGUGUUAAGUGCAUUGAACAUUAAGACUACGAAGUUCUGUGUUAAGAAGAAGAACGAAGAAAGAAAAUUACAUGAAGAUCGUAACAGCAAUUGUUUUACUGACCCUAGGGGUCAGUACGCAGGGUAACAAGACGCAAUAUGGAAUUCGGGAGUUCGAAAACCUACCAACCCUUUACCUGGAACCCUUGGGACAAUUGAGAUUGUACACCGAGCAAUGGCGGGUGGUCAGCUAUCUGCCACUUGAGGACCUGAUUCAGCAAGAGACCCACAUCGAGGAAGGAAUUAAAACCAUAAGAAGAUUGGACCACGAAGGUCAACACAACAGGACCACAUAUCAACUAGAGAGAUGCCUGCUGCAAGCCAAGAAGGACCGUGAGCGGUUGUUCUCUUCAGUAGGUUACGAGUUACCUUGGUCAAAACGGAUACGCCGAGGCGUAUUCAAUUUCAUAGGUGAUAUAAGUAAGAUUCUUUUCGGAACUAUGAGCGACGAAGACGCAGAAUAUUAUAAUCGCGAGAUAGAUUUAGUUCAUAAAGACAACAAACGUAAUGCAGAAUUAUUUAGGAACCAAACCCAAAUAUUAAAAGUAGUAUUAGAAAGAAAUGAUAAAUUAAUAGAAGAUUACAGAGGAAAAAUAGACGUUAUGAACCAAAAUAUUAAUGACAUUAGAAACAUAGAGAAGAUUCAGUUGUUAGAAGAAACUAUUCUCGAAUUAAGUUUAAUGUUAGAAUUAGAAAUUCUUAGUUAUCAACGAAACGUAGAUGUAACUAAUCAGGCAAUAUUAGACGGUAGAAAAGGAAAUAUAUCUCCUAACAUAAUAGAACCCCAAGCUUUUUUCAAAAUAAUACAGAAGAUAAGGGCAGAAGAAGGAACGAACCGUUUACCUCUAGUCACCGUUGCAGAACAUUAUUAUGAAUAUCUUCAAAUAUGUAGUAUUGAAAUAGGUAUCAUAAACAAGAGAUUAGUGUCCGUAGUCAAAAUACCGAUUCUUGAAACAAACUCCUACAUGCAGUAUAAAGUACAUUCCAUACCAAGUGUUCAGACCGACGGAACUAUCAUUCGCUUAGAGGCUCCACAAGAUUACAUAAUCACAAAUAUGGAAAGAACACAAAUGUCACCGAGUUCUUUCUUCUUCCUUAAUAGUUGUAAGAAAUUAAAUAAUGUAUAUUAUUGUAAACGUUUAGAACCUAAGUACCGGAUAACAAAAGAAAAGAAUUGUUUAAGUAGAUGGUUAAGAGAAAUUUUAGACAACAGCACCAAGAUAUGCACACCUUUUGUAGGAACCAUGCAAUAUUCUUUGUACCUACCGUUGCAUACUGGUACAGAUUGGAUAAUCAUUCCUCAUAGAAGCGAACAGGUACAAAUACUUUGCGGACAGAUUUCAAAUUUUAUAACAUUAACCAGACCAAGCAUCAUUCAUUUAGAACCUAACUGUAUAGCCAGCACAGAUUUUGUGGUAUUAGAACCAAUUCAUAUGUCCAAUGGAAUUGUUACGGAAUUCCGAUUCGAUCUUCCUAACUAUAAUUUUACCUUCAUACAUGAAACCUUUCAACAAUUGCAACAUAAUAUAAACUUAAAGGAGUUAAACAUACCAAAAAUAGAUAAAUUAGAAUCACAGACGUUGGGUAGACGAUUAGACGAAUUAGUUAAGGAAGCGGAAACAAUAGGGAACCACAAGCGAACUGAAAAUUACAUAGAGACAGCUACAAGAUUUGGGACGUACCUUGCAUAUGGGUUGCUAGCAAUAUUAACUCUUUAUGUGAGCUAUAAACUUCGAGUAAUACAUUUCAUUAAAUGGUGCAUUUCGAUGCUAGCAAAACCUUGUAUUCAUAACACAUAUAAUAAUCAUAUGCAUGGCAAUAGAGGUCAAAUAAUAAAUACAACGACAGAAACAACAACAAGACACGAAAAUGUCCCCGUGGUACGAGUUAAUGCAACCUCCGAAAUAGACUUAACAGAUAUUAGGCGAAUGUUAACAAAUUCUAAUCGAACCAGAAAUAGACCUACAAACAUGCGACGAAACGAAGACAUUGCCUGAAAUAAGGCAAUAUCUUCUAUUUUAAGCGUGGGGGUGUUAUACACCCAAAUAUUUACUGUUACUCAUUCCGUGCCUCAUCCAAAACUUUAUCUCUUUCCAAAUCACUCCACUAUUACUCACUUCCGAACUUUCACCUUCUAAACUCUCCUUUCUUUUCCCCUAUCUUGCCAUAGCUCAAAGUUCACCUUCCGAAACCCUUAAAAGGACUGGAAACUCCGUGCGCGACCAGUCUUCACUUUGUAACCGCUCUGUAUGAAUAAAAAGUUACUGUUCUCCACGAAUGGUCGAUCUUUAAUUGAAUAUUACUAAGUGAUACCCUAAAUCCCUAAAUUCAAUAUCGAGGUAUUGAAGGAAAACGGGCAUCACAAUUGCAUAUGCAUAUCCGAGCGAGGUGUCGAAGUUUGAUCGGACGUCUUGCAUUAUAUGUACCCAGAUUUUACUGUACUGUAAAUUGUUAGGAAACCGUCUCUUGUGGAAGAAAUACAUCGUAGAAAGGAAAUAGAUGAACAGCGAUCACCUUUAUUAUAAUAUUCAUUGUUGAUCAUUUAUUUCAUUU